AUGUGUGCCAGUUUGGACGAAGUUAUCGACCGGGCCCAGGACACGAUUUUAACAUCGGUUAGCAACCAGGUUUUAUUCGAGAUCAACCGCAAAGAUAUCAACGCGAAGCCGAACUAUCCGUUUCCAGGACGUAUAGAAGAGGACACGAAGAAGCGGUAUAAGCAGGCAUGGCAGCGCAUAAUCGGGUACAUUUUCCGCAUAUACACUAAGUGGUUGCAAGAGAAGGAGAGAGAGAGGAGCGAGGUAGCCAGUAGUACGGUCGAAGAGGAUAUUGGAUACGACGAAGAUGAGGAGGAAGAAUAA